GUGCAGUCAACAGUUGGUCUCAGUAUCAUCUUCUGAUAACACAAUCUUUUCGAAUCAUCUCCUAUUCAAGCUAUAGUCUUCCAAGUUUUGAUCUACGCAACUACAACUGCGCGUUCAUCUUUUGUUUCUCACAACACAGCGUUAUUACAUCUCGAGUACCUCCUUCACCAUGACGAAAGAUACCAUCUUGCCAAUCCAUGGGGCAGUUCCCAGUGAACCGGCCCCUCGACGCUCAUCUGGCCGCACCAUCCUGAUCUCUUUGGUCACUUGCGUCUUGAUCCUAUCGCUCUUCAACUACGGAAGCGUUGUCUCAACGAUCAACAAAGGCCUGGUGGUCUGCAAGGGUCAAUCCCACAACCAGAAAUACUCAGACACGAUUACUAACGUUCCCGAAGAUACCACCGGGACCACGGCAAAUGCAAUCCACUACUCUGAGGUGGAGUCGAACACUAGUAACCAGGACUCCCUCUUCCUUGCUCGUCGGAACGAUGCCUCACCUCAAGAGAGCACGGCUGUCUCUACUGAUGGCCGCUCUGGAUACAACCGACGUGAAGAGACGGACGGGCGUUCCGGCUACAACAGUGUGACGGAUGGCCGUUCCGGUUACAAUCGUCGCGAGGAAGAAGAUGGCCGUUCCGGAUACAACAGCGUGACUGACGGCCGCUCUGGAUAUAACCGACGUGAAGAAACGGACGGACGUUCCGGAUACAACAGCGUGACUGACGGCCGCUCUGGAUACAACCGACGUGAAGAGACGGACGGACGUUCCGGAUACAACAGUGUGACUGACGGCCGUUCCGGCUACAACCGCCGAGAGGAAGAGGAUGGCCGGUCAGGCUACAACAGCGUUACUGAUGGGCGCUCUGGAUACAACCGUCGAGAGGAAGAAGAAGGGCGAUCGGGAUACAACAGUGUCACUGACGGACGUUCGGGGUACAACCGUCGUGAAGAGGAAGAUGGACGUUCCGGCCACAACAGCGUUACUGAUGGACGCUCUGGAUACAACCGUCUCAUUUGAGUUAGAGACAUUGUACACAUGUGCGGUUAAGAUGAAUUGAGCGCAGGCUCCAACAUUUAGAAAACAUCAUGUAGUAGCGUUGGUUCUAUUUUUGACGGGUUGCUAUUAUGUAAAUACAAUUUGUUUUUUAAUCUUUUGAUUUCUUGAGAUAAAUGCCAAUCUGGAAUCAC